UCUUUUUUUUUCUUCUUUUUCCUUCUAAUGCGUGCUUCUAUUCUUUUGCUCGCUGUUGCCCUCAUCGGCUUCGCUUCUGCCGACUCUGCUGGCUUUGCUGGCGCCGGUCAGUAUGCCCAAUUCCCCCAGGUGGUCCUCGGCGACGAGGUUGCUGCCUUCUCGCUCGACUUUAGCACAACCGACGCAAACGGCCUGCUCUACUACCAGGGCGGCCUCGGCAACGACUUUUUCGGCGCUGAGCUUGUCGGCGGCGCGAUUGCCUUCAAGUUUAACACUGGCGGCCUCGGCGGUCCCACUGUCUUCUCCACCUCCGCCUCCACGUACGCUGACGGCAACUGGCACACUCUCCGCGUCCAGCUGCUCUACCGCGACGCCAGCAUCUUUGUCGACGGCGCCCUUGCUGGCACCAUCACCAGCGCUCAGGCCACCCUUGCCACCAACACCUCUGGCCCCUUCUUUGUCGGCGGUGCGCCCUCCGUCUCGCCCAACUCGGUCGGAAUCACCACCUUUGUUGGCUGCAUUCGCCGCGUCUUUGUCCCCUUCGCCAUGACCAGCCGCCACUUUGCCGACGCCUCUGGCACCUUCACCCUUGGCGCCUGCGGUGACACUGGCUCGAGCACGAUUGCCUAUUUCGACACGAACGCUGUCGCCCGCCUCCCCACCAUCCAGGUCUACAAGAACGACCUUUCGUACUUUGGCUUCUCGUUCCGCACUGUCAGCGGUGACAGCCUGCUCGCCUUCCAGGGCAGCUCGCGCACCGACUUUCUCUCGUUUGAGCUCGUCUCGGGUGUCUUCACCACCCGCGCCAACUGCGGCUCUGGCAUUGGCUCUGUCGCGACCGGCACUUCCCUGAACGACGGCAAGUGGCACUCUGUUCAGGUUUGGAUCACUGGCAAGAACAUUGCCGUCCAAGUCGACGACACCAGCGUCGCCUACCUGACCACCCCCGGCGCCCUGAGCAUGCUCAACUUUGACCGCCCCCUGAUUCUUGGUGUCGUCAUCCCUGCCGACGUUGCUGGCCUCCCCGGCUCGCUCAUCUCGCUCACCUUUGACGGCUGCAUUCGUGACGUCUACAUUUCCGGCUACUCGAAGGCCAUCGACUUUGUCAACGACUUGUACUCUGGUGCUCCCGCCAGCCUCGAGUGCGUCGACAACAAGGUUGCCCACUUUGGCGUCAACUCGUACGCCCAGUUCACCGUCCCGCUCUACGACGAUGCCGUUCAGACCAACACGAUCUCGUUCGAGUUCCGCACCUCCGCCUACAAUGGCUUCCUCCUCUACCAAUCUGGCCUCCAGACCGACUACGUCAGCAUCCAAAUCCUCAACGGCUUUGUUCAGGCCAAGUUCAACCCCGGCUCUGGCGCUGCCACGCUGACCUCGGGUGUCGCGAGCGUUGACGACAACCAGUGGCACACUGUCACGCUCUCCUGGUUGCAAAAGUCUGGCAGCCUCACCGUCGAUGGCCAAACCGUCACUGGCACGUCCUCUGGCUCGACCAUCUCUGUCAACACCACCAGCUACACCCCUCUCUUUGUCGGCGGCGUGCCCACCCCCUCCAUCGUCACCGCUGGUGCCCUCGACUUCUAUGCCAACCCCGACCUGUGCAUUCGUGAGCUCUCCGUCUCCCCCCUCGCCUACACUCGUGACUUUGUCUACGACACUGGCGCUGCCCCCAACGUCGCUCUUUCGUGCCCUGGCACCCCCGCCGCCCCCGAGCACACUGCCUGGUUUGGCCCCAAGUCGUUCGUCCGCAUUCCCAACAUUGAUCCCCAGAACGUCGGCAACGCUGUCCAGUUUGUCUUCCGCGCUGCCUCUGCUAACGGCCCGCUCUUCUACCAGCCCGGCAUUUCCGUCGACCACGUUGCCGUCCAGCUCGUUCACGGCGCUGUCAAGCUGACCUGGAACGCUGGCUCUGGCAACGGCACCCUCGUCCAGGGCUUUGGCCUCGCCGAUGGCGCUGCUCACACUGUCCAGUUUGGCUGGAUCGGCAAGGUUGCUUGGCUCUCGGUUGAUGGCGCUGGCCCGAUCUCUGGCUCCUCCCUGGGCGCCCUUGUCGCUGUCAACACCACCGGCGACGCCAUCAUUGGCAACUUCCCCGCUGGCUUCACUGUCCAGGCUGGCAUUUUCGACGGCAGCAAGUUUGAGGGCUGCGUCUCGGCGUUCAAGCUCGUCAGCGACAUCUACCACCGCGCCGUUGACUUUAACACUGCCGUUGCCAAGAGCGUCCGUGGCUUUGUUUGCGGCACCGCCCCCGCUGCCCGCUUUGACGCUACCUCGUACGCCAAGUUUGCCACCUUCACCCCCAUCGAGGCUGCUGCCAACACCAUCUCGCUCAAGUUCUCCACCACUGCCCGCGAUGCCGUCCUUCUGUACCAAGGCGGCAUUGCCACCGACUUUAUCUCGAUCGAGCUUGCCAACGGCCACAUUGUCUUCAAGUGGAACCCCGGCUCGGGCGCUGGUGUCCUGACCUCCACCCAGGCUGCCCUCAACGACAACACCCAGCACACUGUCGUCGCCACCUUCAACGGCCAGUCUGGCAGCCUCGUUGUCGACUCUGCCGCCGCCGUGGUUGGCUCGUCUGUCGGCGCCCUCGUUGCCGUCAACACCACUGGCCCCCUGUACAUUGGUGGCUUUGAUGCCGCCGUGCCCUCGGCUGUCGUCUCGCACACCUACUCUGGCUGCAUCUCGCACAUUUCCCUCGACGGCACUGACGGCAUCCUCGACUAUGUCCAGUCGGCCCUUUCCACUCGCGUCGUUGCCUUCACUUGCGCCGCCUCCGUCUUCAACUUUGACAACGCCGGCACCUCUGGCCAGUCCCGCGCUGUGUUCGACCCCCUCGUGCCCAGCGAUUCGUCUCUGAACGUGCUCAACGUUGACUUCAAGACCACCGCCGCCGGUCUCAUCCUGUACCAGGAGGGCAUCUCGACCGACUUCAUUUCCCUCGAGACCACCGCCGCUGGCAACGUUGUCUUCAAGUUCAACCCCGGCUCUGGCGCUGCUGUCAUCACCAGCUCUGGCAACACGUACCUUGACGGCCAGUGGCACACUCUGACUGCCACGUGGUUUGAAAAGUCUGGCUCGCUCAGCGUCGACGGCGGCGCAGCUGUCACUGGCAACUCGAUCGGCUCGACCAUUGCCGUCAACACGACCAACCACCUCGCCCUCGGCCAGUACACUUUUGGCGACCCCAACGGCUUCAACGGCUGCAUUGGCAACGUUGUCUUCAACGGCUUCUUGUACACUGCUGCUUCCGUCUACUCGUCGGUCAACGUUGCUCUUGGCUGCAGCGCUCCUACCCGCCGCGCCGUCGGCUUUGCCCAGGUGGUUGAAGCCGUCACCAGCUCGAGCAACGGCUUUGUUGGCGUGUUUGCCAUUGCCGGCGUUGCCUUUGUCGCUGUCGGCGUUGUUGUCGUCGUCAAGCGUCGCCAGAACCGCGCCGUCGCUACCGACCGCGUCUAAAGCGCUCCCGCUUCCGGGUUAGAAACCUUUCUUUCUUUUUUUCCCCAUUAUUUCUUUUUCUCUUUUUUUUUUUUCAUGUCGUUUUAACCAAACCAGUUUCUGUGCUUCUUCCUUUGCUUGAUGGUUGGUGUUUGUAGUGAUGUUGAUGUGGCUGUCGUCCUCCGACAGCCGCUUGUCACCUCCUAGUUGUUGUUGGAGUGAUUGUUUGAUACAAGAUCUAUUACACGAGCCAUUUAAUAUGACAUUUGUCGCC